AUGGCACCACGACGUAAAUGUCCUGUUUGUGGCUCGAAACAAUGGCACAAGGACUCUUCCAGCGGUCUUGUCGCCUGCAGCGAAGGGCAUGUCAUACAGAACUUCAGAAAUGAAUCAGGCGAGACACAGGAUCUAGGUAAUUAUACCAUGAGGAAGCGCAUUAUCAAGGCGGGUCGUAAGAAGGGGGUGAGGCAGAGCAGAGCCGAUCCUAAGCUCUAUCACGGCGAACGUGCGCGCUUUCACUAUUAUCAAUGCUUGCAGCUAGUGCUACGGAAGCAAAUCGUAGCAUUGAUUGGACUUUGGGAUCUAUCCCCCGAGUUUGAGACUGUAUGCAGAGAUAUAUGGGCAUUGCAUUUGAAUCUUCUGCCGACACCACCUCCUGCGGAACCUUACCACCACAUGCGGGAGCAGAAGAGUAAUCACGGUGACGACACAAAGCGGCCAUUAGAUAACCCCGAAGAGUCUAGAUCCGACGACGAUGAUCCCCAGUCGUCCUCCUCUAGCAGUGAGGAAGAAGACCCAGAACUUGCAGAACUUCUGCGUGAAAAUUCCGAACUAAGUUCUUCUGAUGAGGAAAAGCAACAUGCUUCUCAAAAGCAAGGGGUUCAGUCGAGCUACCGAUUUGUCGGUCCAUAUGACCGCCCGAUCAACUCUAUCGCCGUUCUCGUGGUCGCAUGUUGGACCAUGCGCUUACCUGUGAUGUACAAGGAUUUCAUCGACAUUAUUGAAUCUUACGAACUCCCUUAUUUGGAUUCUCUUCGCCUCCUCCCUUCCGAUAUGACUCGUCAUCUGACGAAGCACGCUGUUCGCGCGCUCUCUCCUCAUUUUCCCCCAAGCACGCUGUACAUUCAUCGCUUCGCCUCUCGCUUAGCAAAGCUCAUGUAUGCGAAUUAUGGCGUGUUCACACCACAGCUCAAUGCAUCGCCCAUCUUAUGGCGAGUUGUGCAACAAUGUCUUGGCGGCACUCCUAAAUUGUAUGGGCUCGUAAAGAGGCUCGGUAGUAUCCUGUCGCUGCCGUUAACACUUCACCACAGUCUGUCAUCCACGUUACAUCGCAUCGCACCGGGCGAUCCCGAAUUCCAAACGUAUGACAACGUUCCGCCGGAGCUAGCGCUAGUGGCCACAGCAAUAGUUGUACUGAAACUUGUGUAUGGCCUCGAUGGAAAACUGAGGCUUCCACAGGAUAUAGAGGAUCCCGCAUCCGCGCUUCCAGAUAUCUGUGGUUACCUAUCGGCAAUCAAGAGAAUGGAUGAAGCGGAUACCCGGUACAGUGAAAAGCGAUUUAGCUCCAGGGGCGUCAGGUCAACCGGCGAUAUGGAUCUUGCGACUAUAGACGAAUUCCUGGACUUCUGCGAACGGGUGUUGGUAAGAUCGCAAAGGAGUGAAUCAGAUCAACAAAUCCUGGACAAUUAUUUCCCACUUUCGACCGAAAGUGGAGGCGCUCAAUUGGAAGCAAUAGCCCCUCACAGCAUCGUUGAAGGACUCCCAGCCACAAAGAUCAACGUAGGCGAGACGACGGUCCUACAGCCUGGGGAAUCAUACACCAUCUACCAUUCUCGCGAUGUCCUGGGAAACCUCCCAGAGAAGCAGGCGCUCAUCAUCACGAGAUCAGCUAAAUGGGUUGGUGUCAGUGAAGAUUACUUGUGCGGGGUAGUUGAGCGCUUUGAGCGGCGACUCCGGCGAUGGUAUUAUAGGGAGCGAAGACGAGAGAAGGAAGAACAAGAGUCAGAAGGAGAGGGGGUGUUCGAUGGCGUGGAGGAUUGA